AUGACAACUGCUGGUGUUGGAGAAUUAUCAGCCCUGAAUGCAAUUGCAGGAGCGUAUGCCGAGUACGUUCCCAUCGUGCACAUCGUGGGACAACCCAGUUUGAGAUCACAGCAGCAAAAGAAACUACUACAUCAUUCUCUUGGGGAUGGAAAUUUUGCGGCCAUCGCCAAAAUCUCGGCCGGGGUGACUGCCAACAGCGUACAGAUUAACUGCGCGAAGCAAGCCUCCAGGGUGAUCGAUGAUAUUAUCGCCCAGUGUUGGAACACCAGCAGACCGGUGUCAAUUACUCUACCUAUGGACAUGGUUCAUGCCCCAGUUUCAGCAGAGAAUCUGGCACGGCCAAUCGACCUGUCUUCCUCCACAAACGAUAUCGCUCAUGAAACUCUCGCUGUUGAUGCUAUCCACGAAGCUUUGCAGACGGCACACCGACCUAUUCUUCUGGUUGGCGGAUAUAAUGUACGUUUUACGAAGCAAAAGGAGGUGCAGUUGCUCGCUGAAAGGCUUGGACUGCCCGUUUUUCUAUCUGCGUCCGGUCGAGGCAUUAUCGACGAGGAACAUCCCAACUUCAAUGGACUCUACCUGGGAGACUGUUCAGAUCCACAUGUCGCAGAGAAGGUCCGGUCUUCUGAUUUGAUCAUCUCCAUUGGCAACAUUCACUCGGACUUGAACGUGGCAUCUGUGUCAUGGGGCUUUCAUCCAUCGACCAUGGUCGAGCUUCGGGAUGAAAUGAUCCACGUACAGGGCAAAAGCUACCCGGGACUGAACAGUGCGAGCCUUUUGCGGGCUCUCCUCCAACGUUUGCCUGACUGCUCUCCGGUGAAUACCCACGAGAAUGUGCUUUUUCCACCGAAAAAGAGCCCCUUCGAAACAAGCACUCUGCACCUGCCACCCAUCCCACCCGUGACUGUCAAUCAAGAGCGGGUAUCUCAAGGCGGCUUGCUGAACAGUGAGUCACGACGUAUGGCGCAUACACUAAGCUACAGCGAGGAAGGCCCUCUAAGCCAUGAUUGGCUGUGGCCCGCGCUGAGCAGCUGGCUACGUCCCAAUGACACGGUCAUCGCUGAAACAGGCACCUCCAACUUCGGUAUCUGGUCUACCAAGUUGCCUCGUGCUGUCACGUUCAUCAGUCAGUAUGUCUGGGCGAGUGUUGGGUACUCUCUGGGUGCUUGCCAAGGAGCCGCCGCAGCAGUCCAGGACUCGACCAGUCCCGAUCGACGAACCGUUCUAUUCAUUGGUGACGGGAGUUUUCAAUUCACCUGCCAGGAGUUGAGUACAAUCAUCAAGCAGAAUCUGUCGCCGAUUAUCUUCGUGAUCUGCAACCAAGGCUACACCGUUGAACGGCUUAUCCAUGGCUGGAAUGAAUCUUAUAAUGACAUCCAGGAGUGGCAACCCCGGAAACUGCUAGAGGUGUUUGGCGCGGAUCAGGGAUCCUACCAAACACACCAAGUUCGAACCAAGGCUGAGUUUUCUGCUCUUCUACAAGAUCCAUCUUUCAACGACAAGCAGGUUCUUCGGUUCGUCGAGCUGCACAUGGAUCGGGACGAUGCGCCAUCUGAUCUCAAGACACUCGCUCAACAGCUUGUAGCACGGGACUCGAGCUCAAAGGGGACAAAUUGA